AUACACCAGCCAUAUCAGCUACCCUUUCCUCUUGAUGCAAUUAAGUCAUUACUACUACGUGUUAAAAUACACCACAAAAGCUAUGAAAACUACGUUUGCUCUCGCUUUGGCGUCUGUCCUCUGGGGCACAGCUUCUGCUUGUGUUACUGGGGCGUCACUAGGCGUAGGAACUUACUGCUCGGGUGUUGCAAACACAAGCCCUUUCUUAUGCGAGACCAGUACAGAUAGUUCUAUGGCAAAUUGCCAGAUCCAAGGCACUCUCCAGCUUAGUGGAGUGCAAUACUUUGGUUUCUGCGGUCUGUUCGAAUGGCUUCUUCGUGGCGCCACGAAGCGUGGUUGGGAGCUGGGCGUUUCUGCCAACUCAGAUGAGCAUCGGGGCAGAUGUGGCGGCGGCGUUCUAAGAACGGCUGUAUUCUCAACAAAAGGAGGCUUGACGGGCGUGUUGGCCAACAAGCUGGACCGUGCCAGUGUGGCCAAAGCACUGCGUGCCCGCAGAACCUUUGCAAAUACCGGAGAGCGACUUGUAGGUCUGGUGAGCACAAGCAGCAGCGAUGUCCAAGGUGACGAUGUACUUCUGGCGUCUGACAAAUCUAUUACCUUGACUUACUGUUUCUUCAGAACCAAUGGUUUGAACUUAGUUGAGGCAUGA